CCUUUUUUUUGUCCUAAUAGUUUGAAGGAGCUGCCUUGCUGAUUUCACCUGACUGGAGCCGUUCCUUGCCUAAGAGAGCCACUGAAAAUGUGACUUAAAGUAUUUUAAGCACCUUAGCAAAAAAAAAUGCAGACCUAUACAAGUGCUACUCGUAGUCGCUUACCAUAUUGCACCCCCCCUCCAGUAUACAAAGUGACUUUCUGGCAAAUAAUGCAUGCUGUCCUGCGCGGUCGUGUUCAAAAAUGAAAAGUUCUCAUACUGAAUUUCUUCACGUUUAGCUUUUGGAAAGGAUGAAAACAUGGUGCAGCUGCCUGGGGGGAAGUUUCAGAUGGGAUCCAGUUCCCUGGAGAAGAGGAAUGAAGAAGGGCCCGUCAGGGAGGUGACGGUGAAGCCGUUUGCCGUCGACAAAUAUCCCAUCACAAACAGGGAUUUCAGGGAGUUUGUUAGAGAAAAGAAAUACAAAACGGAAGCAGAAGCAUUUGGCUGGAGCUUUGUCUUUGAGGAUUUCGUAUCCGAAGAGCUGAAAAAAAAAGUCACCCAAAAACUGGAGUCUGCCCCUUGGUGGCUGCCCAUCGAGAAGGCUUUUUGGCGACAGCCCUCGGGUCCUGGCUCCGGCAUAAAGGACAGGCUAGAUUACCCGGUGCUGCACGUGAGCUGGAACGAUGCGCAGGCAUUCUGCGCCUGGAAAGGGAAGAGGCUCCUGGCGGAGGAGGAGUGGGAAUUUGCUGCCAGGGGAGGACUAGAGCAAAGAGUGUAUCCCUGGGGAAACAAGUUUCAGCCGAACCGUACAAAUCUGUGGCAGGGUGAUUUCCCGAGGGUCGACACAGCUGAAGACGGUUAUCACGGCGUCUCACCGGUGGCAGCGUUCCCUCCUCAGAACAACUAUGGGCUCUACGACCUGCUGGGAAACACCUGGGAGUGGACCGCAUCGGAGUACCUGACUCCGGGGCUCUCAUCCAGGCAGCGCGCUCAGAACAUGCGGGUCCUGAGAGGUGCCUCCUGGAUUGACACUGCAGAUGGGUCUGCAAAUCAUAAAGCUCGUGUUACUACCAGAAUGGGGAACACGCCAGACUCAGCCUCCGACAACCUCAGCUUCCGCUGCGCUGCUGACAUCCCGCCUGCCAUGGCUGAAAAAAGCCAGACCAAACCCGAGCUCUGA